GUAGAGGACGAGGAGAUGGCGAUAAAAUUGUGUUGCUUUCCCAAGGACCCUCUUGAGGAUAUUGAGACUUGGAGUGAGUCUGUGGACAAAGUUCUUGGUUGUAAAGCCGGACAGAUGGCUUUCCGGGAGUUCCUAAAGACCGAGUACAGUGAGGAGAACAUCCUGUUUUGGCUCGCUUGUGAAGAGUACAAAAAAAUCAAGACGGUCCCAGAGAUGAUCUCCUCUGCCAACAGGAUCUACUCCGAGUUCGUCCAAACAGAAGCGCCCAAACAGAUCAACAUAGACUGCACUACCAGAGAGAACAUUACAAAGAACAUCUCCCAGCCCAACCUGACUUCGUUUGAUUCGGCGCAGAAGCUCAUCUACAGCCUGAUGGCCAGGGACUGCUACCCACGCUUCCUGAAAUCUGACAUCUACCAGGGACUCCUGAGGAGGAACGAUUCAAGGAAACCAUGUUGCAAACCAAUGAAGAAGAUAAGACGGGAGUUAAGCUCAGCGUGCCAGGUCGCCAGCGUCUCUCAAACAAAACAUUUCCUGUCGGAGAACAUCCACUGCAACAGACCACCUCCCACCUCAGAGCAGCUCAGCUCAGGAUGGAGCUGUGACGCUGCCUCGGCCCUCGUUUCAAACUUCCGCUCCGCGUAUAAAAGUCGGCGCAGGGCGGGUUCCUUCAACUCACCCGGUUCAGCAGCUCCAGUUCCAGUCGGUGCAGCGACCAUGCCGAUCCUCGUCACCAGUCCACCGGGGGAGCUGCGGCAACCAAACAUGGAUGGUGACGACAAAAAGACUGGAAAAUACAGGGGAGGAAACCUGAAAUCUCGACUGCAGUGUCGAUCAUCUCAGUCCGCUGAAGGGCUUUGCUUCGAAGAGAUCUCCCAGUGGUCCGACUCACUCGAGAGACUUCUAUCGUCUAAAUAUGGGAUGAAGAUAUUCCAGGCCUUCCUGAAGUCAGAGUUCAGUGACGAAAACCUUGAGUUCUGGGUUGUGUGUGAGGACUACAAGAAGAUCAGGUCCUCCUUCAGGAUGUCCUCCAGGGCCAAGAAGAUCUUCAAACGCUACAUCCAGCCAGAGGCUCCCAGAGAGAUCAACAUUGAUCAAAGGACCAGAGAGCUGAUCAGGUGGAACAUGAAGGCUCCGUCCCCGCUGUGUUUUGACGACGCUCAGAAGAUCGUCUACGGCUUGAUGGAGAGGGACUCGUACCCGCGCUUCCUGAAGUCUGACAUAUACCUGACCUUCCUGGACUCCACUUCAGAGUCAGUGAAGAUGUAA